AUUUCAUCGCUUAUUACACUCACAAAGCAACCAAACACACAAAAAUCACUCGAGAAAAAAGCUUAAACUAAAGUCGGAGUUCAUAAAAAGAGAGGGAAAAAGAAAAUGGCAUCUCACAAUCAGAGCUAUAGAGCUGGUGAAACCAAGGGACGAGCUGAGGAGAAAACUAAUCAAGCGAUGGGUACAAUGGGGGAGAAGGCCCGAGAAGCAAAGGAGAAAACAUACGAGACAGGGCGGGCCGUAAAGGACAAGGCCCAUGGAGCAGCGGACUCAACAAAAGAAUGGGCCUCAGAUACGGCCCAAGCGGGGCGUGAGAAGGCCCAAACGGGAAAAGAAACGACGGGAGGGAUUCUGGAGCAGACAGGAGAGAAAGUGAAGAGCAUGGCACAAGGAGCAGCGGAAGCAGUUAAAAGCACUUUUGGUAUGGCCUCCCAGAAUGAUGAUGAUGUGGACAAAGGCACUACCGAUAACACCACUUAUCGUAGGGUUUAGUUCGUAAAUUCGGAAUCUAACUGUUCGUCCGAAAUGUAGUAGUAGUUGUCUUUGUUUUUUAUUUGGUUCGUGUUUUGUUUUCUUUUUGUUUGUUUGUUGUAAUGUUGAAGAAAAUGCUUCCUCCCUUUUUGUUGGAGAAGGUGUUUGUAUUUUGUUUUCAACUUUGAAUAAUAACAUCCUUUCAUCUCUUUA